CUGUCAAAUCGAACUUUUUCCCGAACCCUCGCCGCCUCGAAAAGUUCGAAAGCAGACCAAAAGAGCCAAAGUUAGUGCUUCGAAACUCCGGUAUUGUACGGAAGGAGGACACAUUUUCGAACCGAACUAUUCAUCCAUAAGAAUGGCGUCCCUGUGCGGUAGAUUGAUGCUGAGCGCGGCCAAGCGUCAGGUCGCCUACACACCGGUGCGGUUCUGCAAAAUGAUGAACGAUCCGCUGGAACAUGCCACCGGUCUGGAAAAACGUGAACUGCUAGCCCACAAGGCCGGUGAUACCGAUCCCUUCGAUAUGCGAGUGUUCAAGCGCGGCCCCGGAACCAAGGAAAACCCUAACAAUAUUCCAUCGGCAUUCGAGUCCCGCUUGGUCGGAUGCGUUUGUGAGGAAGACCAGACCUACAUUACGUGGAUGUGGCUGCACCGGGGUCAACCAAAGCGCUGUGAAUGUGGACAUUGGUUCAAGCUGGUCGAGAAGGCUCCUAUCUAAAUGAUACGCUUUUACACGUCAGUUUGAAAUCUAAUUGUAGAGAACACAAGAAACACAAAAGCAUAUGUUACGAGUAAUAAAAUUGGUAUCAAAGGAUUCAAAUGUUAAGCGAACGAAAGAAAUCAAUUCAACUUCUUCUGCAACUUUGAGAAACAAAAAUUUAUUCAACGGUGCAAUUGUUAUCUUUCGAAACAGUUACAAUUAAAAUGACUUCUCGUACGUUCACCAUAUUUUGUCCAACAUCAUCCCGAUUUUUUAGACCUUGUUGCACCUCGGCGUAUCGCAAUGCUGAAGUUAUGCCGAUGAAGUAGUUGCUAGUUUUGAUGUGUCAUAACUAGACUUAAUAUUAAAACCAACAAUGUCCGAUAGUUUUUAAUUAUGAUUGUGUAAUCAACCAACUCGUUCGCUGCGCUUAGAAGAAGAUGAAAGUAGA